UCCAGCCUCCAGCUCCCCAACCCCAACACCGCCCGCACCGCACACGAUUUUACGACCCUGCCCCGCGCAGGCAGAUCUUUUCCUCCUCCUCCUCCGCCUCCGCCCACCGAUCGAUCACGCCACCGAUCCGCCGGGCGCGAGAUGGAGACCUCGGCCGCGGCAGCGACGGCGGAGGAGGAGGAGCGGGGGCUCGCUGCAUCCCUUACGGCGCGGUACUCGGACUGGGUGGCGGAGGAGCUGGACGAGCUGGGCGGCAGCUUCCUGCUCACGGACCCGGCCAUGCCGGGCCACCCCAUCGUCUACGCCUCGCGCGGCCUGCCCGCGCUCACGGGCUACCCGCGCCGCGCCGUGCUCGGCCGCAACGCGCGCCUCUUCCAGGGCGCCGCCACCGACCGCGCCGCCGUCGCCGGCCUGCGCGAGGCCGUGCGCGCCCAGCGCGCGCACCACGUCGCCAUCCUCAACUACCGCCGCGACGGCUCGCCCCACUGGGUGCUGCUCCACGUCGCGCCCGUAUUCCACGCCGCCGACGGGACGGUGCUCCACUUCCUCGCCGUACAGGUGCCCAUCGCCGCAGCGCCGCGACGGGCCGCGUGCCGCGGACCCGCGCUGUUCGCGGCGUGCCGGGAGGAGGCUAGGGUGGAGGAGGAGCUGCCCUGCGCCGCCACCCACGCCGGGGAGGUGUUUGUGGAUAUCGAUAAGAGAGGUUUGGAGACAACAAGAUGGCUGGAGGCCGAGGAACCUCGUGUAGCUAGCGAUUGUGAUAAAGAGAAGGCUUUGAGCACAGCUAGUAGCAUCUUCUCUGCACUGAACCGCUAUAGCAAACUAACUGGUUUAGUGGUUUGUGGGAAGAGAUGUGAUUCUGUUGGUAUCCCGGCACUCAGCUCUUCCUUAAAUCUCUCUCUCGGUAGAAUCAAACAAAGCUUUGUAUUGACUGACCGCCAUUUGCCUGACAUGCCGAUAGUCUACGCUAGUGAUGCUUUUCUAUCACUAACAGGUUACUCUAGAGAAGAAAUAUUGGGCUGUAACUGCAGAUUCUUAAGUGGUCCAGACACCAGUGUGGAUGUUUUAGAGGAGAUAAGUCGGCAUAUUUGUUGUGAGCAGGCUUGCACAGUACGUCUACUGAACUACAGGAAAGAUGGGAGCACAUUCCGUGAUCUGCUACAAGUAUCUCCUAUUCGAAACGCAUCGGGCAAGGUCGCAUUUCAUGUGUGGGUUCACCUUGAUGAGAGCGCGAAGUGUGAUUUUAAUGGGUUGACCCCUGAGAUAUGGCAGCUGGGUGCUGUUGGUGCGGUGAGGGUUGCAGUCAGAAGCUUGUCUGCGUCAGGUAGCCUGUUGAGACCGGCCCAAUAGUGUUUUCCGAUUUUUGCCACGUCCGUGUUUGUAUGUAAAGUAAUUGCUAAGCAAAAGAGAUUAUAGUGCAUAUCACAGGAAAAAUGGCAGGUAAAUAUGUGAAGUUGUGACUUUGUAAUCAUGCAGAAUGAAUGGAAAUGAGGGAAAUAGUUCAAGUA